CCUUCUUGUAUAACACGGGACGUUCCAUGAAUGAAUCAAUGUGUUCGUUGCCUACCGAUUGCACUUGAGCUUGGCAUUUCUGAUGCACAUACAUCUAUUUGCUCAAUUUUCGAGUCAUCUAUCGUACUGAAGUUGCGUUCAAAAGGCAUAUUACACGUACAAUGUGCACUAAAUAUAGAAAGAAACAAAUCGGGUAGAUGCUUGAAGUCCCAUCUCUUAGAGGUACUUUCUUCUGAGUGGUUAAAAGCGCUAUGUUCAUGGUGUGCUAUUUUAAGCUACAGAUUGCAGAACCUCGAAGCUGCUGCACGUAGUUAUUUAUUAUACAAUUCUGAAACCGCCUCGUCGAUUCGCUCCAGAUAUUCUCGUUGGAUUUCACCUCGGUACAUAAUUUAUGUACUGUGCACGGAUGAACGUGAGGAAGUUCCUAAACGAGAGACUUCAUCUCGCAGGCCAGGUGAGACAUGUAAUCUGGUGGUGUUCCAGUUCCAACUCCUCUGUUUCUGGAUGAGAAACAGGUGCCUUUUGCAAGACGUUGGGAGACGCGGUGGAUUGGGACCAGAAUCCCAUGUCGAGGAUGAAAUCGCUUUUCCCACGUUCCGUCCUCGUGCUGCUGCCCGUACUUUUAUGAAGCUCGCCUCGGUUCUGCGAAACUUCCCUAGGCGCCAAUUAACUCCUUUUCCAGAUCUUUGCACCGGAAUCGACGCUGGUUGGCAAUUUAGUAUGAUAAAAACUGCCACACAUGUCGUGGUGCAGUCCUUCAUGUACAUUGUCUGCGAUGUUAACUGAAGAGCCCUGGUCUUCCCUUGGUUUAUGUGGAACCAUUCAUGUGCAACCACUGGAGGGGCAAAAUUAUCCCAAUACAGGCUUGUCAUGCCCAUUCUGCCCAGGCACUGAGAGACCAUCUUGCAUAGGUUCUGUGAUUGUGCAAAAGGAGUGUGUACAUGGUGGUGGUGCAGCUCUCUUCUUCAAGCACUGGAAAAGAAGCCAAGUACUCUGGCGAACCCACUUACA